AUGUCUGACGAUUCUGACGUCGACUCGCAAAACUCUGACGUCGACGACACGUACGACGCAGAUACGUCAUCGCAGGGGUCACGCGGGUCAAGUCCUGACGUCGACCCAGAAAAAAUCUCAGGUGAGCUUGAAGUUGAAAACAAUCUUGGCGACCAAACCGUCUCACCUGAAGAAAGGGAAGAACAUUCUGAAGAAGCCAAGAAAGGUAGCAAUGCGGGGUCAACGUCCGAACGCACACAAGAGGAAGAAGAAGACAACCCAGGAAGUCAUUCCCAUUCAGAAACUGGCUCCGUUCGAACGGCGGACAGAGACUCCAGAGCGGGUAGCGCGAUGUCGGGGGACGGAAGGACAGACGCCUCGCGGGACGAGGGAAGCAGACCGGCCAGCGCCUCAAGCAGCAGAAAUUCCGCUCUAGAAGACAAGGAGAUGGCAGCUGGAGAAAACGAGAGAGAGGAAAACUCUGAAGAAGAUGGCGAACAAGAUUCUUGUGACGGUUCUGAGGAUGAGGAAGAUGAUGUAGAUGGAGAAGAAGGAGGGGAGAAGACGCCUGUACCGCAGCUCGAGAUCAACAUCUUCAGCGGGUCCAGUUUUGACGCGGAGGGGGAGGAGGGCGCGGGGUUGUCCAGGCAGGGCUCGAUGGCUAGCCUCUCGGCGGACGGGGAGCGGAGCAGCGCCGGCGGCGGAGCCAUGUCGCUCCGCCCGCCCAGCUCCGAGAGCGACCGCCGCUUCCUGGAGGUUCGCCCGACCGGACAGGGGGACUGGAGACCGCCCCAAGGCGACUCCCGUGAACGACAUCGCAGCGAGAGCUUGCAAAGCGCCACGCAGGACAGUGAGGGAGAAAACCCUCAAGAACAGCCAAAUACUGAAGAAAACUUAAAUUCAAAACGUUCUUCCUCAAGACAGAGUGAGACAACAAAUCAACGGCGUCCAUCCUCAGGAAAAAGUGAGACAAGUCUCCAGCAAAGACCGCUUUCCGCAGAAAGUGAGAACAGAAAACGCAGGAGAAAAUCAAGUUCAAAGACCAGCGUAAGAAGUGAUGGUGACAUCGGCUCAAGGAUUCUCUCCACAGCAGAGGACAAAGCAUCUUCAAGACCGUCUUCAGGGAGGAGUACAUCCAGUAAGAAGGUCACCAGACCCGGCAGCGUGGCUAGUGGGCAGCUGUCAAUCAAAUCAUUACCCGUGGAAGGGAACGCUGACAGACCGACAGUGAACAGACCCAGGAGCGCUGACAUCAAGAGAAGGCACACAGAGAUGGACAGAUCGGGAGAGAACACAGACGGAGAGAACAACACCACGGAAAAGGAGAGACUUGAAGAAGGUGAGAUUGAGAAGAAGGAAACUAACAAACCCAAGGAAAACGAAGGACCUGAAGAAGGUGAGAGUAAGAAAACUAGCGACGUUGACGGCACAGACAUUUACCACAGCCGUCGCUCGCUCCACUCCGCCAAAUCUACCCGAUCCUUCCGUAGCAUCGCGUCCACACGACUCGACUACCUGGCUGAACUGGCCGACAUCAAGGACCAACUGGAGGCUAAGGCGGCAGACUGGGACGGGCUGGGGGAGGGGAACCUGGAAGUUUUCUUGGAGGAGCUGCGUGAACUGUACGGUAGAACCACGGCCGUGCUGAGGAGCAGUCACCGGGACAGCGUCUGUCUCAUGGAGAGGAUCGUCCAGGUCAGGAAACUGCUGAAGGAGACCAGGAGGAAACUCCGAGACGAGACCAGCGACCGGACUCUUGGUGGUUUGGAUGAAAAAGACCCAGGCCGUCUGACCCAGACCGUACACCAGGCGCGGGCGACCCUGGCCCGGGCGACCCGUCCCGGCUGA